AAGUGGACUGAGCGACUGCGGUCAACUGUAUACAAUUUAUAAAUAUAGGUUUAAUCGGCUAUUUGUUUUCAUUUAGCCAUGUUUAUCAAUGGGAAAAGAUAACACAAGUGUAUGUUAUGUUGAGUGACUUAUUGUGAAUCAAAAGAUGUAUGUUAGUGUUUCAAGAAUGAUGUGGAGACUCCACAUAUUUGUGAUAAUCAUAGUAAUAAGUUCAACAGAAUGUCGUAGAUCUGGUGGAGGCAGUAGACCAUCUUAUUCAAGACCCUCAUACCAUCCCUCUCCUUCAUACCACCCUUCGCCAUCUUACCACCCCUCACCAUCCUACCAUCCCUCACCAUCUUACCACCCCUCACCAUCAUACCAUCCUUCACCAUCAUACCAUCCCUCACCAUCAUACCACCCCUCACCAUCAUACCACCCCUCACCAUCAUACCAUCCCUCACCAUCCCACCCCUCGUCAUCUCACCCAUCGCCAUCUCACCCAUCGCCAUCUCACCCAUCUCCAUCUCACCCAUUUCCAUCUCACCCCGCUCCUCCCGUUUACCGGCCCCCUGGAUAUCCAGGAUCAGGUUCUGGAACAGUGAGGCCUAUUGGAUGGCAGCCGCAGGGUAGUCAUGGAUCUGGACCAAUCGGGCCACCCAAAACGAAUGCUCCAUUGGGAACCGCUCCAGGAACCUCUCAUGGUGCAGGAACCGGAACUGUUAGACCAAUAGGCUUCCAACCUCCAGCUGGCCAUCCAUCAGGACAACCGAUAGGACCACCCAAAAACGUUGGCCAACUAGGAAACAAUCAAGGAGCCCAUUAUGGACAAAAUCCCCCAGCAUACAACCCAAGCUUCAACCCAGCUGGUUACGGCCAACCUCCAGCAUACAAUCCUGCAGGUUAUGGACAUGCUCCUGCCUACAGUCCAGCAGGCUAUGGACACGCUCCACCAGCAUAUAGCCCAGCAGGAUAUGGGCAUCCUCCUCCUGCCUAUAGCCCCGGAUAUGGCCAUGCACCUCCAGCGUACCAUCCAGGAGGCGGUGGAGUCACCAUCAUCAACAACAAUAACAACAACCAUCAUUAUGGCGGGUACCCUGCCCCCAGUUACCAUUACACCACCCACGAUACGGGUAGUGGCACUCUGGGAUUCUUUUUGGGAUACUCUCUUGGGCGCCUGAACACUCCUAGCUAUCACUAUCACAGUGGCUACCACUACUAUGACACCGGCGCCAGCUAUUAUCCAAGAUACGACCAUUAUGAAGUACACCAUUACUACCACAACAACCAGAACGUGCCCAAGCAAGCGGAAAUACAGCCCAACGCCGUGGUUGCUUGUGUUGGUGACAGCGGUUCUUUCUGUCCUUCCAAUACGAUUUCUCUGUGUACCAAUAAUGGUGCCGUUAUGUGCGUUGCCAAGGCUGCAUCGACGGUACGAUGCACCAAUGAGAAGCAAACCAACUGUGUGCAGAGCACGGUACCAUGUUUGAAUAACUCUGCACCCGAAUGCAAGCAAUCUUCACAAAAUGUAACAACGAUAAACUUGCCUUGCAUUUCAACAGCUAUCAUUUACGGGAAUGUAACUUAUGUUAACAAUACAGUAGUUAUUGUAAAUACUCCACCGGUUAAUGGUACAAGCAAUUUGAAUACUACUACUACUCCUUCUAGUACCAAUUCUACAAUUCUUGGUACUAAUUCGACUAAUAUCAGCUCAAAUACUACGAAUUCCAGCUCAAUCAAUGCAACUGAAGCUGCAAACGCUACGGAUACAAUGAAAGGUCCUCCUCAGGCAUUUUGUGUUACAAUUUUGGCAUUACCAGCUGAGAAAAAAUUGACACAAGGUGAUAAAUUCUUUCAAGCAACGAAUAACAUAUUUGGACAGUUUGCAGUAAAGGCGUUAGGAUUAUUGUGAGUUAAAUGUAUAUAUUUCACAUUUUGAACAAAGUGGUGCUAACGAGAUAAGAAUUAAUUUGAUUUCCUUCUCGUCCUUGAUAAAAAAUGAAGAAAUGCUAUUUCUAUUUCUUCACCAAUCUUUGAAAGUGUUUCAAUAAUUAUACGAGUUCCAAAGUGCA